UGGUAGUAGACGUAGUUGUUGCAUGUGCACUUGCACACUCCUUUUCACAGUCAGUGUGCAAACCAUGGAUCCGCCCACGUCAUGACGUCAUUACGUAUGCGCCGUCCCUUUGCUGGUUGUCUCAAGAAGCUUUCUAUCACUGUCGGUCAGUUUCCAGACUGGACCAGGUAAGAGUUAGGCUGCAUGUCUCCUGUAAUGUUUCCCUGAGACGAUGAAACGUGUUUUUAAAUGACUUUGUUCAUUCAACAGUGUCACUUUCUUUGGGGGUGAACCCGCUAACCAAACGUUACAGGGCAGUUAACCGAGAAGGUCACCAUGGUGCUGAACCCUGUCAUUUCAAAGCUCACCGGUAAACUGGUUGUGCUGGCUAGUGCUUCUCCUCGGAGACUGGAGAUUCUCAGCAAUGCGGGCUUACGGUUUGAGGUGGUACCGUCCUGGUUCAAAGAAACUCUUGACAAGGGACUUUUCAAAGCACCUCAUGAGUAUGCUGUCGAGACAGCCAAACAGAAAGCCCUGGAGGUGGCCAGGAGGAUGCCCUUUAAACACCUGAAGACUCCAGACAUAGUCAUCGGAGCAGACACUAUUGUGACUGUAGAUGGUAUGAUUCUUGAAAAGCCAGUGGACAAAGAUGAUGCUUACAGGAUGCUGUCAAGCUUGAGUGGUAAAGAGCACAGUGUCUUCACUGGCGUAGCUAUUGUCUUCUGCCACGAGAAAGAAAACCAAGAAGUGGAUUACCAGUUGGUUGACUUCUACGAAGAAACAAAGGUGAAGUUUGCUGAUCUCUCUGAAAAUAUGCUGUGGGAGUACAUCAAUAGCGGUGAACCCAUGGACAAGGCUGGAGGCUAUGGAAUUCAGGCUCUUGGUGGGAUGCUGGUGGAGUAUGUGCACGGAGACUUCCUCAAUGUUGUGGGUUUCCCCCUCAACCACUUCUGCAAACAGUUGGACCUUAUUUACAACCCCUGUACUUCCUCCUCGGACCAAGAAAGUGCAUCUGUCUGGCUGAGCCACAACGGCACUCACACUACCUCGAUACUCACUCAGCCCCCACCCAACCUGCCAGCCAAACACAACCCCAGACAGAAAAUCCCAUCUGCCAACUAUACACACCAUACCCAGAACAGCUCAUCAGCAAGUUCCGCCCAUAAUGUGAAAAGAAAAGGCAGUGGAAGUAAAGUGGAUGAGAGUUCCUGGACGUUAGUCAACAGCCUGUCUAAACACACAAGUGACGAAGAGGCUGAGAAUAUAACACUACCACCGAUGACCAGCAGAGGGCAGGUGAAGGAGCUCAAUGUGACGGAGAAUGAGAACAGUGAACCGAAAAAAGAAGACUUGCAGCGAAUCAUCGAUCUGAUGGAUGGAUUCAGAGCCUCAAAGGCACUAUUUACCGCAUCCAAGAUGUGUGUGUUUGACCUGCUGCAAAGCAGACCAGGACUGGAUGCAGCACAGGUGGCCCAGGAGAUCAAAGCCUCAGUGAAGGGCACUGAAUGCCUGCUCGAAGCCUGUGCCUCUCUGGGACUGUUGAAGAGCAAAGAGAGAACAUGCCAGAAGCCGGCGUACGAGAACGCAGAUCUCGCCACGUGCUUUUUGCCGACUGAUGCUCCUUUUUCGCUGCGGGGCUACAUCCAGCAUUGUAACGAAUCAGUGUGGCCACUGUUCUCCCACCUCGAGAGUGCUGUACGGGAGGGAGCCAACCAGCGCGAAAAGGCUUUUGGAAAGACAUCCAAGGAUAUGUUUCAGGACACUUUCUACGACAGUCAAGAAGUCAAACUGAGAUUCAUGAAUGCCAUGCACAGCAUUGCUAAAGCUACAGGGAAAUCAGUAGCAACAGCCUUCGACCUCUCCAGUUUUAAAACCGCCUGCGACCUCGGAGGAUGCACCGGUGCCCUGGCCUACGAGUUCACUAAAGCCCAUCCUGGAUUGUCUGUGACCGUUUUUGACUUGCCAACAGUUGUAGAGAUGAGUGAACAGUUCCAUCCUCUGCGCGCGGACAACAGGGUAUCGUUUGUAGCAGGAGACUUCUUUAAAGAUGAGUUGCCCAAAGCAGACUUGUACAUCCUGGCGAGAGUUCUCCAUGACUGGUCCGACGAGAACGUGCAGAUUCUGCUGAGUAAGAUCGCAGACGCGUGCACACCAGGCUGUGGACUCCUGCUGAGCGAGAUCUUUCUGGAUGAAGACAGAAGCGGCCCUAGUCGCGGUCUGCUGCAGGCCCUCAGCAUGAGCGAGGGGAAACAGAGGAGCGCAACUGAGUACAGUCUGCUACUCAAGAGCCGUGGUUUCAUAACGGCACAUGUCAGACACACAGAAAACCUCCUGGAUGCUAUGCUCUGCAUCAAAGUGUGACAACACAACACAAUAUUGAAGGACUUCUGUAUUCUAUAGGAAGUGCAGUGUUCAUAGCUGAGACCAUGUUGGACGGACAGACACCCCACUCUGCGCUGCAGUCUCUGAACAUGCUUGCCCAGACGGAGGGGACCGAGAGGACAGAGAGCCAGUAUACAGACCUGCUGAGCAAACAU